UCAUUCGUCUAGCGUUACAUCGUUUGCACUAUUUUGUCAGCCGGCGAAAUUUUUAAAGCGACAAUAGAACUGUUAGCACUUCUCACGUAAUGACAACACUAAACGUUCAUCAUCCAAAUUCAAUAGUAAGAGACUUUUUAACUUUUCUGUGAGAUCCUGUAUCAAUGGAGGAAGACGAGCCAAAAGUUUUUCGCUAUAUUUUUGACCCUUUAAAACGGACCUCGGUUAAAGUAUUCCAUGAAACCCCUUCAAAACAUCGCACCGCUUUACACAUCACAAACCUCGAAGAACAAAAGGAAAAUUUUCUACGAUUUGGUAAGAUUCCAAGCUUCAAAUUCACUGGCUCCGUGGAGAAUUACUUUAAAAAGAAAAAGACAAACGUGCGAUUUGAGUUCCUUCCUGAAGCAAAGAUAAUACUUGAAAACGUUCGACAGCAGUACGGAAGCGGAGAUAACUUUUUAGAUGCUGCUUUUGGACAGAAACUAAAUCAAGCAGACGCCACAGAUUUUAUGAUAAACUACGUGAAAUCUCAUGGACUCGAUGGACAGUUAAAUAUCGUGUGGACGAACGAUCUGAACUGCAGUGGACGAAUGGUUUGGCAUGGACCCAAUGUACGCUUCAAUCGACCCGAAGCUCGCAAAUUUACACUAUUUUUAAAGCGAACUGAAGAUAAUAUUUUUCUUCGUGAACGAGGAAUCCGAGGUCUGGCCGACCAUGAAAUUGGGACACACUUCAUGAGAAUGAAUAACGAUGGCCUUCAGCCGUGGUAUUCCAAUCGACAGAAGUUUGGUCUUCGCCCUACCAAGUCGUACUGUGGUAUUAUUUGCGAGGAAGGACUAGCUGCCAUCAACACUUUAUUACAGUCGCAUGUCAAGAUGCUGUGGGCGCCUGCACUUCUGUACUACACCGCUUGUAUGUCCCUUCAAAUGUCCUUUAAAGAACUCUUUGAGCAUCUUGGUACUCACGUGUGUGAUUUGGAGCAGCGCUGGAAGCUUGUCAUGAGAGUAAAGCGUUUACUGCCUGACUGUAAUGCACAAGGUGGAAGUGGUCAGGACCAGUGUUACUUCGAAGGAGCAGUCCGAAUUCUGCGCCAAGCUCAGGAAAUCGACUUUAAACUUUUGUACGCUGGCAAAAUAUGUACUGAUGAACUGCACAGAAUACGACGCAUUGCUCGCCAAGACUGCAUUCGUCUGCCAUACUUUCUAAAAGAUAUCUUGUCUUACAAGCGAGUCCUCGAGGAAAUGGCGGUCCUUAACGGCUUGGUGCAGCGCGUCAAACGUCCCCUUUCCUGUCGGAGGGCGUCUUCGCGAAAAAAGAACAAGAAAAAGAAUUUUCAAAAUAAAUUUAGGAUUCUGAGUUCGCCGACGCGUGCGCGGACUCUUUCUUCUGUUCCUCAUCCUCCGUUACUGAGUCGACGAAGUAGGAGCUUAAAAUGCGAUGACAAUUGAAUUAUCUCUUGUGUUGGUGCGUGGAGUUGCGCGCGGCGCGUGAACGGUGCGGAUGUACGUGUAUAGAAGCUAUGCACCAUCACGUGAUGCCAGCGUGAAAGGAGGCAGGAAAAGUGGAUACUUUCUAACUUGAUUUACACGAGRAAGAAUUCACUUUCCCUGGAGAAAAAGACUGUUUUUGUUCCUGCCUCCUGUCAUGGCUGCCAUCACGUGAUGGUGCAAAGCCUUAAUAGGGCUACGUAUUUAUUUUUCGUUAUAUCAACAAUUUCUUCACGAGUAAUAUAUUUUGGAUUGUUUUAUUUUAUUCAAUUACUUGGGUUUUCAUUGCGAACAUAUUUAAAAAAUAUUGUCAAUGUAUAAUUGAUUCAUAAACUUUCAAGAGGGUUAUGUAUAUUGGGAAGAGAUACAUUAAUAAGCCAAGYGUGAUCCUUCAAUAAAAAAUUUAAGGGAAUGUUUAUGAUUUCUGAUGUGUGGGCUAUGGAUAAUGGACAGCUGAG